CGCUUAAGUCAUGCUCUUAACACUGCAGCCAACACGUCCAGCAAUGCUCUAUAUAACAAACGGCCUUUAAAGGAUAGCAGCACCAGUGCAGGCCGUCUCUAGCAUACCCUAGCCAUGUCUGCUCUCGAUGCGCUCGUACAGAUUAUCGCUAAUGGCGUGAAAGACAUACAGGCCAAGUCCGCCCAGCGCGAUACCCCUUAUCCUACGCAGGACACGCCCCUUGGGCCAGAGAGCGAGAGGCUGCAAAGCGACCUCGCAGCCGAGGCUGCGCCCGUCGUUGCUGCUGCAUGGCAGCUCAUUGCGACGCUCAAGCAUCCGCAGUCCUACCUGCUGGAUCUCGCGUUCCUGUCUUUCUUGUCCGGCUCACUUUCUGUUGCAGAGGCAGCAUAUGUCCCCGACGUUCUGCGCGAGGCAGGCACAAAGGGCCUGCACGUCAACGACAUCGCGGCAGUCAAAAAUGUUGACGCUGGAAAGCUAGGCCGAAUUUUGAGAUAUCUUGCAUCUCGACACAUCUUCGAGGAGGUCACGCCGGACGUCUUCAGGAAUAACCGCAUCUCUUCGGCCCUGUGCACAGGCAAGCCUGUCCAAGAGAUGCUGGGAAGCCCUAUCGACAGGUGGGACGGCACCAAUGGUGUCGCCGCUCUCAUCUCAAUGACUGGAGAGAAUAACCAGUGGGGCAACGCCUGGCUGGCGGAGCACCUCCUGGACCCUGCGACUGGACAUUCGCAAGAGCCGAACGAGGCUGCGUGGCAGCGCGCUAUGCGCACAAAGCUGACCGUCUUCGACUGGAUGGAGCUCCCGGAGCACGCACUGUACCUGCGCAAGUUUGGCAUUGCCAUGCGUGCGAAUACGAACGCUGCAGAGGACGCCAUCGCUACGCGAGGUUUUGAAUGGGCGUCGCUUCCCGCGGGCAGCCUUGUCGUCGACGUCGGCGGCGGAGUCGGAAACUUCACUAUGGCCCUUGCGAAGGCCCAUAAGCACCUCCGUUAUGUUGUCCAGGAUAGACAUGCGGUGGUGAAGGAAGGAGAGCAGCUGUGGAAGGCUAACAUGCCUGACCUCAUUGAUCGCAGCACUGUGCAGCUGCAGGGCCAUGAUUUCUUUGCGGAACAACCUAUCAAGAAUGCCGACGUAUUUGCCCUCCGAUACGUCACCCACAACUGGUCAGACAAGUACGCGAACAAGAUCUUGUCGCACCUCCGCGACGCGGCACAACCAACAACCAAGCUCGUCGUGAUAGACCACAUUUCGGACUACAUGUGCCGUGAUUCUGGCACUGCCACCGACAUCCCCGGCGCUGCAAAGCCCCAGGCUCCAGAGCCUCUGCUACCCCACGCCGACUCAGCGACGGGCUGGAAGUAUAGUAUGGACAUUUGCAUGAUGUCCGUUGCGAACUGCCAGGAGCGCACGCUCGGGCAUUUCAUCGAGCUUCUGAAGGACGCGGGUUGGAAGCUCGAGCGGGUGUGCCGCUUCGAGCCUCCCCUUCCACAGCAGCUCGUGUGCUCGCCCCUCUAAUUCGCCCUCAGACUUAUGCUAUCUGCUGUUCAACACAUUGUAUACCUAUAGCAUCGCAUACCCAUCUGCACAUCCAAUUCAACUUGGUCAACUUCGGUAGAUGAAAUGUCUUGCGUGAGUGUCCGAGAGUAUCGGCCCUGAGCUUGCCGGGUAAAGAAUAGGGGCGGAGGCCGAUACCGUUGUGGCGUUCCGACGAUCAUAGGUGUCCGCGCAUCUUUGUUCCUAGAAUAACACUUUCGCAGACACGAGUCGCGCCAAAAUUGACUCUCAAAUUAUAUUCGAUUGAAGAGUAUCAUCAAGUCCGCGGCCAUGAAGAGCCCAGUAGCAGCCAGGAAACCGAGUCCGUGCGGGACCAUAAAAUAUUCUUCAAUAAUCGGAUAUGAGAAGAAAGAAUUGCGGCCGAUGGUGACAUGUAAUGCUACAAAACAUGCUAUACUCGAGACCAACUUGUACAAUGGAUGUUCCAGCCUGCAGGACCAACAGCAGGCGUCAGACAUAUUAGGGACCGAGUGAGGAACGGCGAGGGAAAAGAUGAAGCAGGUGUGACAUAGAGAGCGCAAGAACCAAAGAAGCCGACGGCGACAGAAGGAAAGAGAAAAAGCAAGACGCGAACUAGAAGCCGUCGUAGUCGAUGCCAGAACGAAGAUCCUCAGCAGAGAAGCUAUGGCGGAGCGGCGAAGGUUGAAACGUCCGUGGGGCACUCGCCACCUUGCGGUUCGCAAGCGAGCGCGUGCGAUCACGGCGCUUGAAGACCAUGUCUGCGACGAGGUGCGCGACACUCCGGAGCGACGUCCGGGUGUUGAACACACGUGUCUCGAGCUUGAGGUCGAGCAACGCGCCGAGCUCGCGCAGCCGGUGCUUCUCCUCUUUCCGCUCUCGCCUCGCCUCUGCGCGCAAGUCCGUCGCCGACCGGUACUCCUGCCUUCGCGCACGCAUCACCGCUGCGUCGGCCACAGCCUUGGGCGGCUUGAGCAGCGCGGACACGUCCUUCACCCGUCGAUCGAGCACGGCUUCGCGAUCCUUCGCUUCUGCUUCUGCCUGCGUCAGGGUGUCAUAGAACGCCCGGAGUUGCUGGUACUCGUGCUCCGGCAGAUCUCUCAGCGGAAUGUCCAUCUGGCCGUCCAGAAGGUGGAGCUCGUAGUCUGACGGUGAUGGCGACCGAUCCAGGCCCGGAUCGACGUCGAGACCGAGACCAGAUGCCGUUUCAGGUUCAGGAAGACC